CAACAGAUUCUUCAUAAUGAAAACACCCCCAGCGACACAAGGUCUGGGUGCAAUAAUUCCAAACCUCGGGACAUAUUCAACUCACUGUUUCAUUGUUUAGCCAGAUCAGUGUUCCAACUCUCAACAUGAAGAUACCAGUUGUUGAUUUUGGAGCAUACAAGUUAGGGGGAAACGAUGUUUCAGGCGAGCAGUUAGAGAUCCUGAGCAGGCAGUUGAAAACAGCCUUUACGGAAGUGGGAUUUGUUUAUCUGAAGAAUACUGGGAUAGUACAACAAGACGUGGAUGAGGUUAUGAACAUAUCCAAGAAAUUCUUUCUGCAACCAGACGAAAUGAAACUGCCUUUCAGCAGGAAAAGUUUCUCUAAUAAUCCUAACCAUGGCUGGGUGUCUUUGGAGACAGAGAGUUUAAAUCCCAAGAGACCAGGAGACCUAAAGGAAGCCUUCAACACUGCAUCCCUUCAUCCAGACAUAAAAUGGCCAUCGUUGGAAGGAGGGAAUGGAUUCUUUGAGAUCCAGUCGUCGUUCUUCCUGCGCUGUAAGGACCUAUGUCUCCGGGUGCUUCGUGUGAUGGCCUACAGUCUGGGCCUGGAGGCUGAGGUCUUCCUAAGUGCACACAGACACAUAGGGACUGAUAAGAACAGCAGUACCCUGAGGUCUCUGUAUUACCCCUCGGUGAGGAGUGACAGGGUGAAGGAGGGCCAGCUGCGCUGUGGAGAACACUCUGACUAUGGCAGCAUCACCCUGGUCUUCCAGAGUCAAGAGGGUGGCCUGCAGGUGCGUACCAGGUCAGGGGAGUUCAUCUCCGCUCCCAGCAUCCCUGGGACAGUACUGAUCAACAUAGCUGACCUGAUGCAGAGGUGGACCAGUGAUGUUUUCCUCUCAGCGGUCCAUAGGGUUUUGCUGCCCCCCGCUGGAGACUUGAGCACACGGCAGUCCCUGGCUUUCUUUGUGCAGCCAGACGAUGAAGCCCUCAUCACCUGUUUUGACGGGUCCGACAAAUAUCCCCCUGUGAAGUCAGGGGCCUAUCUCAUGGAACGCUUCAAUGACUCUUAUGGGAGGAAGUGACCUUUAUCUAUCCAGCAUUAAUUAUUUUGUGUUAUGCAAUUAUGUCAGUGAAACAGAAUGUCAGUAAAAAGAGAAUUUCCUUUUAAAUCCGUGAAGUGGGAGAGAGAGAAUCAGAAAAUUGUGGAGAUAAAGGAUUAUGUGAGCAAAAACUCUCCAAGUACAGAUACUGUAUGUAGAACCAUGGUAAAGACCAGUAUGGACUAUCAAUACAGAUACUGUAUGUAGAACCAUAGUAAAGCCCAGCAUGGACUAUCAAUACAGAUACUGUAUGUAGAACCAUGGUAAAGCCCAGUAUGGACUAUCAAUACAGAUAAUGUAUGUAUAACCAUGGUAAAGUCCAGUAUGGACUAUCAAUACAGGUACUGUUAUGUAGAACCAUAGUCAAGUCCAGUAUGGAUUAUCAACACAAAGUGACCAUUUAGAAUGGGGCCCAGUUCAUUGAGAGGAUGUCUUAACACAACUGGGGGAUGACAGACAUGAAGUGGGUGGGUGGAGAUAAUAUUAUUUUUAUAAUGAUGAAUUGUUGAUAUUGAUGAGGCAACCACUAACAUUACAGUGUGAUAUUGUAAUUAGGUAACUACUAACAUUUAGGGGCUCCCGGGUGGCACAGCGGUCUAAGGCACUGCAUCUCAGUGCUAGAGGUAUCUCUAUUGACCCUAGUUCGAUUCCAGGCUGUAUCACAACCGGCCGUGAUUGGGAGUCUCAUAGGGCUGCGCACAAUUGGCCAAGCAUCAUGGUUUGGCCGGGGUAGGCCGUCAUUGUAAAUAAGAAUUUGUUCUUAACUGACUUGCCUAGUUAAAUAAAGUUAAUUUUUUAAAAACUAUUUUAUAUGACUAGUAUCUAUCUGGACUCUACUACAGUUUAAACAGCUCCGUUAUAGACAACACCAACAUGACUAGUAUCUAUGUGGACCCUACUACAGUUUAACCAGCUCAGCAGUCCAGAGAAAUAAAACCCAGGAUAGAGGGGCUGAGUGAAUGUGGUCUGGACUCUGUGGAGGAAAAUUACAGACCUCUACAUGCUUUGUAAGUAGGAAAACCUGCAAAAUCGGCAGUGUAUCAAAUACUUGUUCUCCCCACUGUAAAUAUGAACUUUAUCGAACAAAACAUACAUGUAUUGUGUAACAUGAAGUCCUAUGAGUGCCAUCUGAUGAAGAUCAUCAAAUGUUAGUGAUUAAUUGUAUCUCUAAUUCUGCUCUUUGUGACUCCUCUCUUUGGCUGGAAAAUGGCUGUGUUUUUCUGUGACUAGGUACUUACCUAACAUAAUAGUUUGGUGUGCUUUCGUCGUAAAGCCUUUUUGAAAUCGGACACUGUGGUGGGAUUAACAACAAGUUUAUCUUUAAAAUGGUGUAAUACUAUGUUUGAGGAAUUUUAAUUAUGAGAUUUCUGUUUGAAUUUGGCGCCCUGCACUUUCACUGGCUGUGUCACGCCCUGGCCAUAGAGAGGCAUUUAUUCUCUAUUUUGGUUAGACCAGGGUGUGACUAGGGUGGGCAUUCUAGUUUCUUUAUUACUAUGUUUUCUAUUUCUUUGUGUUUGGCCAGGUGUGGUUCUCAAUCAGAGGCAGCUGUCUAUCGUUGUCUCUGAUUGGGAAUCAUACUUAGACAGACUUUUUUUCCUUUCGCAUUUGUGGGUAGUUGACUUUGUUAGUGGCACUAUAGCCCUAGUUAAACUUCACGGUCGUUUCCUUGUUUUGUUGGCAACGGUAAUUUCAAAUAAAAAUACAUGUACACUCAU